GAUUGGUGGUCCCUGACUAUCAGGCCCAGAUCUAUGGAUAUGUACCUUGACAAAUACACCAUUUACUGCGUUAUCAUACACCACAGCCUAGCAAUGCUCUAAUUGCAGAAACCUGAAGAAAGACAGCACUGGUCCAUGUUGAUUUGCCGAGGCACGUACAGUUGCACGACAUGUUUCCCCUCAUUCCUUCUUUUCUUUUGUUGUCUUUCCCUCAUUGCAACCCCGCGCCCGCGACACGCCCGCAAAUUCCGCUUGCUUCGCUAUUCCGCAUCCCUGUCCGCGUUCCUUUCCGUCCUCCUGAUCAAUGAAAGGCCGACCCCGCGAAAAGACUGUGCAUUGAUGGCCACUUUGGCACACCUGGCUUUAUCUCGGGAUUCCUUACGGUGCAUGGAUCCUGCGCGGGCACGAGUCAGAGCACUUGACUCGCGGCAAACGACUACCGAGAUCAUGACGCGCUGUGCUGCCAGUGCAAGUUCCGCCGAGGAUCUGUGUAUGAGGUACCACUGCCGUCGGUGUUCAAGGCUAGCCCCUCACCUGAGUGGUGAACACGGUGCGAUGAAUACGUCGAAGGAUUACAGGGCCUGAGCGCUCCUCUCUCGCCCAGUAAAUACGCUUCCCCCCUAACCGACUCUUUUUCCUACUUCGAGCUCUCGCACUGUGUAUCGUGUCUCGCUGAAAGUACUACGUUGACCGUGCGUCUCUGGAAUCUUCGACAAUGUCUGACCCUUCGCCGACUUUUGUCAUGGUCGGUGACUGGGCCCUGCCCAAGAUGUCCGAGAUGGGUACGAAGUGCGCGGGACACGAAGGCGCGGGAGUCA